GCUCAUAGGCUAGCUCAUCCUCCUCCUAAUUGUUUGCGUUGUAUGUCUUGGGCCGAGAUAAUAUUUCAGUAGCAAGGAACGACUGUGAAUGCGGUGGUGGAACGAAGACGGCGAGGUUUCUUCUAAUCAAAUUCAACGGACGCCUUCAGGCUCCAGUCAUCGUCCCAUCUCGGCCUGGAAGAGGACUGAGAAGCCAUGGCAACUGCUUAGCGCGGCCGAAACACGCAUCUCCUGUGUAGCGAACCCUAGAUCCUCAUUUUGCUUUGCCAUUGCUCUGCUACUGCCUUUUUUCUUUCGAUAGCUAGAGGAUUCAUGAGUGGUAGCCGGCACAGGGCCCUUGGAGGAGGGGUUCAGCAGCAUGUCUUGGAUUACCUGAAGCGGAUGCAGGUCGAAAGGCCUGGUUUUUCUUACGAAAUUCAAAAGGGCCAUGAGAAUGAGAGUUCCGGAGGUGGGGUUGUAUUCUGGGCGGAUCCCGUCUGCAAGAUCAACUAUAGCUUCUUUGGAGAUGCUGUCACCUUCGACACAGCAUACAGAACUCACCGCUUUAAGGUUCCGUUCGCCUCCUUCGCUGGAAUCAACCACCACGGGCAGCCUGUGCUGUUUGGUUGUGCACUCAUCUUCGAUGAAUCCGAGUCGUCAUUUCUCUGGCUGUUCCAAACCUGGCUUCGAGCUAUGGGAUCGUUUACACACCCUGUCUCGCUCAUCAUUGAGCCCGAUCGGAGCAUUGAGUUGGCUGCUGCUCAAGUUCUUCCCCAGACCAGACAUAGGUACUGUAAACAAGAGAUCUUGCAACAGACAUUGGAGAAGCUCUCUGAUGUAUCCCAAUCACAUCCAGGUUUUGGUGCUGAAUUCAAGCAGUGCAUCGACGGAGCUGAGACGAUUAAUGAGUUUGAAUCGCAUUGGCAAUCUUUGCUUCAGAGGUACUAUCUCGUGGAUAAUCAGUUGCUUCAGUCCAUGUACGCAACUCGAGAGCAGUGGGUGCCGGUUUAUAUGAGGAACACAUUUUUCGGACAGUUGUCAGGAAAUGGUGGUGGUUUGAACUCGUUCUUUGAUGGUUUUGUGACAGCUUCGACUACUAUGCAGAUGAUAGUGAAACAGUACGAAAAGGCUCUAGCAAGCUGGAAUGAGGAAGAACUGAAAGCAGAUCACGAGACUACCAACACUACACCAUCUCUGAAGACUCCUUCCCCAAUGGAAAGACAAGCAGCAAACUUGUAUACCAAAAGAAUAUUCAUGAAGUUCCAAGAGGAAUUGGUUGAAACUCUUGCUAAUCCAGCAACUAAGGUCGAUGAUUCAGGAGAUGUUGUCCGAUAUCGCGUGGCCAAGUUUGGAGAAGACCACAGAGGACAUACCGUCAGCUUCUGUUCGUUUGAGAACAAAGCUACUUGCAGCUGUCAGAUGUUUGAAUUUUCAGGGAUAAUCUGUAGGCACGUAUUAGCAGUUUUCAGAGCCAAAAAUGUUCUCACACUUCCUUCUCAUUAUAUAUUGAAACGAUGGACAAGAGAUGCCAGGACUGGUGGUGCUAUUCUGGAAGAAGAAUGCGGUUCUGAAAUACCAAAUGGUACUCCCGAGUCCUCAACAUCUAAGUAUAACAAUUUGCGUCAGGAGGCAAUCAAAUAUGUGGAAGAAGGGGCGAAAUCGAUCCAUGUUUACAAGGUGGCAAUGAAUGCAUUGCAAGAGGCUGCCAAGAAGAUUUCUGCUGUGAAUAGUGGUUUACCUUCAGGUACACCUUCAACCAACGGAAGUGGUCAAGACCUGCUACCGGCGAUUGGAGAAAGUGAAUCAGCUUCCCAAUCAGUGGUUGAGAAGGAAAAGAAGAUUCAGGAGCUGACGAUUGAAUUAGAGAAGACCAACCAAAGAUGUGAAGUAUAUCGAACGAACUUGCUAGCCGUGUUGAGAGAUAUGGAAGAACAGAAAAUGAAGUUGUCGGUGAAAGUCCAAAAUGCACGGUUAAGUAUGAAAGAAUGAAUGGUGUUAUCUGAUCCGCAUAUGUGAUCUGUUAAUCCAUGACGAGAUAAAGUUUGGACGAGGAGUUGAGACUUCGGGGUGGCACUUCUCAGUAUGGCUGCGAGUGCUGAUCUAAGUCGUGGUAACGCCACGAUCUCUUCAUAGUUGAUCGACUGAUGGUGAUGGAGAUGAAUGUGAUGCAAGGCCUGAUCCCGCCAUUAAAGGUGUUCUCCUUGCCUUUCACUUGCCUCCCAGGAAAUCAGGCAGUAGAGUUUGUCGCAUUUGCAGUUUGUUACUUGUUGUUCAUUGACCAAAAUAAGAUUUUGUUACUUGUUAGUCAAUAUGCCAGGAAGAAUGCUGGAAUACAAGGUGGCACGAGUUUUUAUUGCCUUCUAAUGUGUACUAGGAAAAGGACCUAUUAUGGGGUUUCAUUACACAGCAUUUAUAAUCACACCAUUUACACCAUUUAUGUUUGGCCAUGGACCAAAUGGUAAUUUAUGUUUGAUUCUUAACAAUACUAGGUUGAGAACUUGUGCACAAUUAUUGUUUAUCAAGGUCGGAAGUAAAAUGC